AUGUAUUCGAAUCAGGUCCAGAUAUCGAACCUCACAUUGGUUAACUCCCCAUCAUGGAACGUUCAUCCCAUAUACAGCAGGUCAAUCCCGUCUCCAUUUAGUUAUAACCAAUUUUGCUUUUUUAUGCACAUUUUCGUCUCCAUUGUGACUCGAAUACGAAAUUGCAGCGAUAUAAUUAUCCAACACUUGACCAUUAUUGCACCCAUUGAUUCUCCUAACACAGAUGGAAUUGACCCAGAUUCGUGCACAAACACCAGAAUUGAAGACAGUUUUGUAGUCUCAGGUGAUGACUGCAUAGCUGUUAAAAGUGGUUGGGAUGAAUACGGGAUCAAGUUCAACAUGCCCACCAAGAACUUAGUGAUUAGAAGGUUCACCUGCAUAUCUCCUGACAGCGCCACCAUUGCUCUCGGAAGUGAGAUGUCCGGCGGGAUCGAAGAUGUAAGAGCCGAAAGCAUCACAGCAAUCAAUACUCAAUCUGCUGUGGGAAGAGGAGCUUAUGUGAAAGACAUUUAUGUUAGAAACAUGACAAUAAGCACAAUGAAGUAUGUGUUCUGGAUGAUAGGCUCUUACGGCCAGCAUCCAGACCCCGGAUUCGACCCGAAAGCAAUCCCGAUAAUCAAAGGAAUCAAUUACAAAGACAUUGUGGCUGAUAAUGUCACAUAUUCAGCGAGAUUGGAAGGGAUCAAGAAUGAUCCUUUCACCGAUAUUUGCAUCUCGAAUGUCAAUAUAAAGUUGACUGAAAAGCCGAAGGAGUUGCAAUGGAACUGCACUGAUGUUCAGGGAGUUACCAACCGAGUGACCCCUGUUCCAUGCAAUUUGUUGCCUCAGAAGGAGAUUGAUUGCCCCUUCCCCGAGGCCAGGCUGCCUAUUGAAGAUGUCCAGUUGAAGACUUAUUCGGUCACCGGAUACUUUUCAUAA